CUAUAGUCUUACUCUCCCUUCUUUUAUUCACAAUGACGAACCUCAAGUGGAUCAUUGCUGUGGCCGGCCUCCUGUCUGGACAGGUCCUGGCUGCUCCUACUGCCACCACCCACGCUAAGCGUGCCACUGUCAGCGACAGUGCUUUCGGUUACGCCAGCCUGAACGGCGGCACCACCGGUGGAUCCGGUGGAACCACGACCACCGUCUCCUCCUACGCUGCCUUCACCUCGGCCGUCAAGAGCGACGACAAGAAGGUGGUGUAUGUCAGCGGCACCAUCAGCAAGGCCGCCGACCAGGUUAAGGUUGGAAGCAACACCUCUAUCAUCGGCAAGGACGCCAACGCCAUCCUUGACGGAUUCGGACUCCUCGUCAAGAAGAAGGAGAACGUGAUCAUCCGCAAUCUGGGUGUCAAGAAGGUGCUGGCCGACCACGGCGAUGCCAUUGGCGUUCAGCAAUCCCACAACGUCUGGGUCGACCACUGCGACGUGUCCUCCGACCGUGACCACGACAAGGACUACUAUGAUGGUCUCAUCGAUGUCACUCACGGAUCCGACUACGUGACCAUUUCCAACACCUUCAUCCACGACCACUGGAAGGCGUCGCUGGUCGGCCACUCCGACAGCAACUCGAAAGAGGACUCCGGCCACCUGACGGUGACGUACGCCAACAACUACUGGUACAACAUCAACUCUCGCGCUCCCUCGUUCCGCUUCGGCACCGGCCACGUCUACAACAGCUACUACCUCGACGUCAGCGACGGCAUCAACGCCCGCGACGGCGCCCAGCUGCUGGUCGAGUCCAACGUCUUCAGCGGCUCCAAGAAGCCCCUGUACUCGACCGACAACGGCUACGCGGUGGCUAACGGCAACGACUUCGGCUCCGGCAAGAACACCGCCAAGAAGGGCACCCUGACCUCGGUCCCGUACUCGUACACCCUGCUCGGCUCCAGCAAGGUCAAGAGCGCGGUUGUCGGCACUGCCGGCCAGACCCUUAUCUUCUAA